AUGUCCCAUAAAUUAAAUGAAGAAAGCGAAGAAAGUUAUAAUAAUAAGGAAGACAAUGGAGGUGAUGACAUGACAGCCUUUAUACAUUCGACAGUCCCCACAAAAGCAAAGCACAAUAUAGAAAGAAAUAUUCUAAGAGAGAUAUUCGAAAAGAUUUUGUCUUUUAGACAUAUACAUUUGGAAGGAUAUCGUGGGAAAUACGGAAAAGGAAAUAUACUGGAGAAGUAUUUACAAUUGAAAAAAGAAAAAUAUCGUAAAAUAAUUAAACGUCAAAAAAAGACAGGUACUGCAAAUGAAAGACGAAAAAGAUCUAUUAAAGAGAGUGCAGGAUACACACACGAUUCUGAAACGUGCAAAAAAUAUAAUGAAAAUCUUCGUGAGAUGUGGAAAAAUCUCUCAAAAUAUAUAAGCACUUCCGAAGCAUCACCACCAAAUAAAAGCGUUCUACAUAAUAUAGCAGUAAUGAUUAAAGCUUAUUUAGAUCACGUUUCCCCUAUAGAUUUCAACGGUGAGACUCCAAAAACUGUAGUCAUCACAAAGCGUAAAAACAACAUUUUUCCUUAUUCAAUUAUUUCGGAAAUAAACACUAUGGACGAUUCUAAUAACAAACCUGUAAACGAACGCCAAAAUUAUAAUUCAAUUCAUUUUAGUUCGUAUCAAACUUAUAAGAGAAGAAACAAUAAAUUCAAAAAUAAAGCAGAGAAGAAUAUUGCUUUCUAA